AUGAUUUUUGAUCUCUAACCUCCAUCUCCUUCAUUAUCUCCCAAUUCUAAGACUCUAUUACAAUAGGAAUAACAAUAUGUAAGACAAUAUUUAUCAAUUGGAAGUUCUACUUUAAGAAAAAGAACAAUAAAAAUUUGAUUGAAUUAUUUACAAAUAAUAUUGAAAUUCCUACUCUUUAAUUGAAUAAAAAAUUAAAAAAUAUUGUUGAUUAAAAUUCAAGAUGCUAUGUGACAACACCCUUAUAAUAUUCUACUCCCAGAAAUAGGAGAACCAGAUUAUCUGUUGAAUUGCAAACAUAUGCAAAAUUUAUUGAUGAAAUGAAAAGUCGACAUCCAGCACUCAUUAUAUAAUAAAAAGAAAAUAAUACAUAGAAAGAGCAAAAGAAUAAGGAAUUUAAUGAUCUAAUUUAGAAAUUAGAAUCUGAAUUUUUAUUUGGUUAGGGAAAAUCAUUCUAUUACAUAAAAGUACAAAAAAUAGAUAGAUUAGAAAAUGGAAAUUUUGGAAGCCAAAUUAAAGCAUACAAAUGUUAUUAUUAUUAGCUAAAGAAAAAAGAGAAGAAUUUAGAAUCUAAAAUUACUAAAAUUGACAAAGUAACUAUAUUUUGGAAAAAAAGAAAAGUGUAAAAUUAAUAAUAGUUCAUUAAGUUUCUGAACAACAAAUCAAAAAAGAUAAUUCUAAUGCUUAAACUAAAUAGAAAUUCUGAUACAAGAUCGACGUGGUAAAUAGAAAUUGAAUAAUUAGAAAAUAUAAAGAAGAAUUUUAUAAUUAAGCAACUACCUCUCAAAUUGAAGAAAGGUAGAUUCAAUGUUAAGAUUAUCAAUUUAAUUAUAUAUAAAAUUAUGUUGUAACAUAUAAAAGUAAUUUUAAAUGAUAAUCCUGAAAAUUCAUAUAUUUUCUUGGCUUCAGAAUGUGGAGCGUUAUUGGAAAUAUUUACAGAAGAAGAAGAUACUAAUUAAAUCGAAUCUUUAGAAGUAAAGAAAAUAGAAAAAAUAGGAGUUGUGAAUCAUGCUAAAUCUUCUAAUUUUAUAGUAUAGUUUUAAUUAAUUUAUGAUUAUUGACAACGAGAAGAAAUAGAUAAGAGAACUGUUUGCCAAUGAUUAAAAGUAUGUCCAAAAUGAAAAAAAGAUUCAAAAUGAUUUUAUAGUUUAAAUGCAGGUUGCCAAAUAUGAUUCAUAAAACAAAGACGAUCCAUUAUUAAUUUAAGCAGGUUUCAUAAUUAAAUUAUAUCCUAAGGUCUCACUUAAUCAAAAUAAUCUGUCUUCAUCAUUUAAGGAAAAUUGUAGAAUGACAAUAAUAUAAGGUCAAUUACUUACUAUAUGAUCUCCUAACUAUAAAAUAAAAAAAAUUAGUAAUCAUUCCAUAAUAUCAUUUAGAGAAUUUUUCGUCAUUUAUCUCAAUACAGAGUUGAAAACUUACUUGAAUCUAUCAAAAUUUUACUCUGUCCUUAAAGAAUUACCUUGUAUCUGUUUUGAAAACCUGCAAAAAAUUAUUAUAAUACAUGGGAACUUUUUGAUUAAAUCAUGGUUUUUAUUUCAAAACAGCAUUUAAAUCUAAAUUUUGAAAUAAAAGACCAUUUAACUUGAAAAGUAUUUUAAUCCUUUAAUUUUAGAGUUGCUUAAUUGCUUAAUUAUCAGUAUUUCAAUAAGAGUUAAUUUGAAAAACUACCUUCAUAUUGCAAAGAUUCCUCGUAUUAAUAACUUUAAUAAGCUUUUACUGUAAAUCAAUAAAUGCUUGUUCAAGUAGAUCAAAUUUAACUUUACAAUCUUGAAUUGGGAUAGUAUGAACUUACGAGCAAGGGAAUACCAUUCAUUCUUGAUCUCUGCAUCACUAAAUUAUUAUAAAACCCAUAAAACAUUAAACUAGAAGGGAUAUUUAGAUUAUGUUCUGCUUAAACUCACGAUAAAGAGUUUGAAAAUUAUUUAAUAUAUAAAUAGUAUGAAGAAUUACUUGAUUACGAGAAUAUAAUAGUAAUAGCCAAUUUUAUUAAAAGAGUUCUAGAUAAAUUAAGGUAUUCAGUCGUUCCAUAUUAAUAUUAUGAUUAACUAAAUACAAUACAUCACUAUUCCAUAGAAGAAGGGUAGAAAUUAAUUUAACAAUUCCCAAUUUUGAAUAGGAAUUUAUUCACCUUAAUAAUAUUAAUCCUUUAGUAAGUGGCAUCACAUUCUGAUGUUAAUAAGAUGAAUGCUAGCAAUUUGGCAAUUGUUUUUGGUAUUACCUUGUGUAGACCAAAAGAAUACCAAUAAGAGAAUAUUUAAGAAUAAUAUUAGAAGUAUCAUUAUAAAACAAUAUUUAGAAUAAAAAUAGUAAAUUAAUUUAUUUAAUUCUUGAUUGAGAAUGCUUCCUAAAUAUUUCCAAACUAGAGAAUAAAUGACUUUAUUCUUGAAACAGACAUAGAAUAAAAAGUGAAGCAUCAAAAGGAAUGAUAUGAUUAUUUAAUGUCCC